CCUCACAGUUCUACAUACACUCGCAGCUCCAACAGGCGUGCGAGGACGAGGAGAAGUGUUUUCUUUUCCUGUGGAUUUUAAGGCUCUUUCUUUUGUUCUCUUUUUUGGAAGCAGGACUUCAGUGUGUUUUCAUUACAGGAUUGCUGGAUGCGCAUCACAGUUUUGUUUUAUUUCUUCUUUUUUUCCCCAUGUGGGUGCACAUCAGGUCGGGUACCUAAUCACUGAGUAUUUUUUGCUCAUUUGGAUAUUGAUUUUCAAAGUUGAGAGCAACAACCCCAUGAGCUUGGAGUUGUUUUCUUCUUGAUUGAGGAUCGCUGUGUGACAGCAACAUGCCUCAGCUCUAAUUGCCAGGUUGAUGAAAAUGGGUGUAAGUCGGUGAGUGAUUCAUUGGUGAUGUGACUGCAUGACCAAGAACAACCACCAGGGCUGUCGAGGAAGGCGAGAGAUGCUGUGAAGAAGAAUUGAAAGAUCUCAGGUUUAAAGGUUAAUGCUCAACAGGAAGUCAAACGGGCAGCAUGCAGUCUCACACUCAGGAGCAGCCACUGGCCCUCACUACAGUGAAGCCACACUAUCCCACCAAUGGGAAAGAAGAAGAGGUGAACACAGAUGCAGAUUCGAUGGAGGAAGAGGUGGAGUUUAACUGGGAGGAGUACCUGGAGGAGAAUGGGGCCGACGCUGCCCCUCACACCAACUUCAAGCAUGUGGAGAUCAGCCUUCAGAGCAGCUUCCAGCCUGGCAUGAAGCUCGAAGUGGCCAAUAAGAGCAACCCAGACACUUAUUGGGUGGCCACCAUCAUCACUACAUGUGGCCAGCUGCUGCUCCUGCGCUUCAGUGGCUACGGCGAGGACCGCAAGGCUGACUUCUGGUGUGAUGUCAUGACAGCUGAGCUGCACCCAGUUGGCUGGUGUGCACAAAACAACAAGACCCUCAUGCCCCCUGAAGAUAACAUUUACCUAAGAAAAGCCAUCAAGGAGAAACACAGCGACUGGACAGAGUUCCUUAUUCAGGACCUGACGGGUGCCAGAACGGCACCAGCCAACCUGCUGGAAGGGCCUCUACGAGGCAAGAACACGGUUGAUCUGAUUGUCGACGGAUCGGUGUUGGAGCUUCAGGACCUUUUAGACCCUUACCUUUACUGGCCUGUACGAGUCAUCCAGAACGUUGGAGGGAGGCUCCGCCUGCGGUAUGCUGGCCUCUCUGAAGAGUACCACGAUCAUGACACAUGGCUGUUCUACCUGGACGUCAGGCUCCGGCCCCUCGGCUGGGCCCAGGAAAACUGCCUGACCUUAGAACCGCCAACAGAGCUCAGGUCUAUGAAGAGCGCCUCCGACUGGCAGCAGGCUCUAGAGGACGCUCAGCUCGAUGGACAGAAGAAUCCAUUACCUCUGGAGGUGUUCAAGGACCAUGUAGACCUGCCCAAGCACUCCUUCAAGAUGGGUAUGAAGCUGGAGAUGGUUUCUCCAUGGGAGCAGCUCCAGAUCUGCCCUGUUUCUGUCACAAAGGUCUACAAUGAGUUCUACUUCCAGGUGAUGUUGGAUGACCUCUCUGCUGAAGCCAAGCCACACUUUGUGGUGUGUCAUGCCAACUCGCCUGGCAUCCUGCCUGUCCAGUGGUGUAUGAAGAACGGCGUGGGUCUGGAGAGGCCUCGGGCCUACGAGGGCCAGGACUUUGACUGGGCUGACUACCUGAAGCAGAGCGGGACAGAAGCAGCUCCUGACGCCUGCUUUCCUGAUACAUGGCAGAGCAGAGACUUUGCCAAGGACAUGUGGCUGGAGGCAGUGAACCCUCACCGACCGGCUGAGGUGUGUGUGGCUCAGGUCACACAGGUCAGAGGACGCCUGCUGUGGCUCCGACUGGAAGGUGUGCCGAAGCCUCUGUCAGAGUGCAUCGUGGAUGUCGAGUCCAUGGACAUCUUCCCUGUCGGCUGGUGCGAGGCCAACGCUUACCCUCUGACCCCUCCUAUCAAACCUGUCUGCCAGAAGCAGAAGAAGAUAGCAGUGGUCCAGCCAGAGAAACAGUUGGCUCGGUCCCAGCCUGUCGAGGCGAGUCCUGUCAACCACUGCCAGCCUGCCGCCUUGGAUCCAGGUUCAGCUAAUGGAAGAUACUGCUGCUCCAAGAUUUUUGUCAACCACCGCUGUUUCUCAGGACCCUACCUCAACAAGGGACGCAUCGCAGAGCUGCCGCAGGCUGUCGGACCUGGAAAAUGCACACUGGUCCUCAAAGAGCUGCUGAGCAUGCUGAUCAACGCUGCCUACAAGCCUGGACGAGUCUUGAAGGAGCUGCAGGAGCUGGAGGAUCAGAGCUGGGACUGCCAAGAGGAGACCCUCAAAGCCAAAUAUAAAGGAAAAACGUAUCGCUCCACCAUACGGAUUGUCCGCCUAGCAGACCAGAUCCCAGAUUUCUGCCGUAAAGUGUGUGUGAAACUACAGUGCUGCCCGAACCUCUUCAGCCCCAUCCUCGUUACUGACAAGUGCCCAGAGAACUGCUCCGUCCAAACAAAAACCAAAUACACCUAUUACUAUGGGAAGAAGAGGAAGCUAUCCAAGCCCACUGCAGGAGAGGAGACAGCAGAGGGAGAGCUGGCCAAGCCGACGCGCCGCAGGAAGAAGAGGAAAGCUAUCUUUGUGCAGAAGAAAAGACGCUCGUCUGCUGUGGACUACACUCCCGCUGGCUCCCCGCAGGACAGUGAUGAGGGAGAGGAGGACGAAGAGAUGGCGUUGCAGUCGGGCAGCGAGGGCACCAGCUCGGAACCUCGCGGGGACCACACAGACACCUCAUCGGUGGAGGUGACCAGCAGCCGUCCUCGCCGGGCCACGACGCUGCGCAGGGCCGUCAGCGCGGGAAACCCGGCACUCACCCCGGCACUCAGCCCGGAGGCUCCCGCAGGUCGCAGGAGGUCGACUCGCUCGCUGUCUGCGUACAACCAGAACAGCAAGUACCAGCCGGCCAAAGGACAAGACAUGCAGGUGGAGGAGGAGGAAGGUCAGCUGGUUUUGGACAGAAACCCUCUGGAGUGGAGCGUAGAUGAAGUCGUCCAGUUCAUUAACUCUACUGACUGCGCAUCUCUGGCUGGCAUUUUCCAGGAGCAGGACAUCGAUGGUCAGGCCCUGCUGCUGCUGACUCUGCCCACAGUCCAGGAGUGUAUGGACUUGAAGCUCGGGCCUGCCAUCAAGCUGUGUCACCAGAUCGAGCGUGUCAAAGUUGCCUUCUACAAACAGUACGCCAACUGAUGGAGGAGCAGCGACAGGAGCAAGCCUGGAAAUGUUGGAUUACGUGGAUUUCCAAAUUAUUUUGGCAAUCGGUUACUUUGGAUAAGCACACACCGAGGGACAGCAGGAGGAUGUUUCCAGAUGAGAAGCUGAAGGAUUAAUUUCUGGGAUACUAUCUGUGUGAAAAUGAUAUGCAGUACCCACGAAAAAACAAAAAAACUUCCUUACUGUCGACUCCGGCAGAACCGAACACACUGAGCUGAUCUGUGUGCUCUACUGAUCUGUGAAGAAGCUGAGGACUUUUUUCUCUUACUUUUCAUUUCCAUUUGAUUUGUCAUAGAGGAGCAUCAUAGCAAUUAAGUUUUAAAAAUUAUAAUCAUGAAGAGUUUUCCCUUUUUUUCUGUGUGGCAUAAUCGGUUUAGAAAAUAUAAUCGGAAAGUAUUUAACAAACCAAGAAUUAAUAUAUUUGGAAUAUUUAUUGUUACCCUUAUUUAUAAGGAGUGAUUAUCCAUUUGGAUUUUUGAGGAAAAAAAUUGGAGAUGUAUAUCACAAUGUACGUAUCAACUAAUCUUUAUUGAAAACAGGAAACUAUGGUAUGAAUUUAUUCAGUUCAAAUAAGCAUCCCAUGUGUUUGAGAGGAGAACACACUGGAAUAGUCUUACUCUCUUCUUAUUGUUACAGUCACAUGAAUCAAUCAUGGAAGCUAUUUUGUGUCCAUCUAUGCAAUUCUGUUGCAGAUAUUUUUGAUA